AUUUGGCUAUCCAAGGCUGAUUCUCUUGAGAGUCAGUAACCCGAAUCAGCCUUGUCCAACCGUUCACCCACAACACUUCCUGCUGACCUUUAAGCCCCAAUCAAAAGGCUGAGAUGGCUCGUCAGCCUAAGCACAAUGUUGUCGAAGAGAAAACAUCGGGAUAUAUAACACGAAAGAAGCUGGAAGCGUUCUUACAGGAGAGAUACCCAAAUGUCUCAUCCAUUGAUGAAUUUGACAUCAAAGAAAAACGUGAUAAGUGGGAAUUCUAUGCGCCGGACGAGAUUCCCGAGGCAGACCUCCGAAGAAGGAGCGAUGAACGAAUGAUCUAAAGCAAUAAGCGAAUGGGCUGGUCAUAGAUCUUGGCGCUACGUCACUGACAGCUACGUAAUCUAUUGAAUGUUGUUCAAUUCACCAAUCAUAACUUGUAAC